GGCGCUGCCGGGUUUCGUCCGAGACGGUCAAACUGGAUGUAAAAAGCUGGUGGCGCGCCAGUCCAAGAUGCUUCUGGUUUCCCCGCGGGUAGAAGCACCACGCAUGGAGCCGCAUAUUCCGUUACAGGGAUCCAUUAAGAGAAAGCUGGAAGAUGACAGUUCCCCUGCCUCCCACACCAUGCCUGAUGUCAUUUUCCCAAGCGAUAACAAGAGACUCUGUCUUGAUGAUGUCACUCUUUCAAUGGGACAAGGAGCCAAUCCUGUUUCUUGUCCAGAUAUGCAGCAGUCACCCUUCUCCACCAAUCAUGGUGCAUCCUCUAUAGGAGUGCCGGGUCAUGCCAUGCUGUUGGAAAAUAAUCAUAUGAAUGGUAGCAGUAUAGGGUCUCCAUUUUCAGUACCACCUAACACUGAAGUGGGGCAGAAGGGGUCCAUUGGCAGCCAAAACAGUAUGAGCCAUUAUGAUGAGAAAGGCAGCAACAUACAGUCUGUAGACCAGGAACUACAAGACUUGUUGGAAGAACUGACUAAAAUGCCUGAACCUUCUCCCAAUGAACUCGACCUUGAGAAGAUCUUGGGAAGCAAACCUGAGGAGCCUCUUGGAAGUCUUGGCCACCCACAGCCAACCAUCAACAACACUCCAAAGUCCUCUCCGCAGACACCGCACUUGGAGAACCAUGUGCCCAGUAAAGAGUUUUCUCCAGGGUGUAACCCUACAAGUGGAGGCUCACCCCAAAUGAGGCCCUCCUCAGCUGGAGCCAUCUAUCCAGUUCCACCCCAAAACAAACCUGUUGGGUCUCCCAUUUCAUCAACUGCACCAAGUAAAAACCAGGCUCAGUCUAUGCUUUCGGUACCUUUACCCAACAUGACUAGCUCUAAUUGGCAUGCACAGCAACUAAAACAAUUGGCAGCAAGCAAACAGGUCCCUGCUACCAAGCAUCAAGGUCCUAACUGGUCUAACAUAUCAUCCCAAGGCCUCUCUCCCCCUUACCGGCAAGGGUCUUCCCCUCACCAUCAGCCGUUCAGUCCCCAAAAUGUCAUGGUGUCUAGCAUGAAUUCUAAUGGCUUGCCAGGAAGCAAUAUUCAAAGUCCUCAGAGCUCUUUGCUUUCAAGCAUAACAUCCAAUAGCAAUCCAUCCAGCGGUCCAUCUCCUCCUUUUGGUUCUGAGAAGCUUUCCAGUCCCGUUCUCAACCAGCAGCCUUUCAGCCCUCCAAAUCCUAUCCUUUCCAAUAUGUCUGCCACCAGCAUUCCGGCCAACAGCAUCAAAAGCCCACAAAACAACUUGGUGUCUACAAAUACUGGGCCCUCCCCGCCAUAUAGGCCAGAGAAGCUUUCGAGCCCUGCUCUGCACCAACCCCCGUUUAGCCCUCAGAGUUCCUUGAUUCCAAACAUAACUCCGACCAGCAAUCCGACCAGCAUGCAGAGCUCUCUCUUCAAACCAAUGUCUGCAGCUCAAUCCAAAAAUAUGAACCUUAUCAUGCAGCAGCAAUCCAAUGGCUUGCAGCCGGGCUUGGUGACCGAAGGGCCCGUCGGACAAGACCAGUUUUCAUUCAACAACACCAAGCCGCUGUCCCAUUUCACUUCGGAGUCCACUGCUCCUCAGAAGAUGUCUCCCAUGACUUCGGGCCCUGGGCAGCAAUCGCUCAUUCAUUAUCUCCAGCAGCAGCAGCAGCAGCAGCAGCAGCAAGUAGCCACGUCCCAGCAGUCUCAGCAAGUCAAUAACAACCAGUUCAUCCAUCAGCAGCUGCGGCAACUGAUGCAGCCGUCUCGGAUGCAGCGGCAUGUGCAGCCAUCUCAAACCCGACAGGACCAAAACCCUGGGAUUGUUGCUACACUUCAGGAGCCAACAGCUGUCCCAAAUGCAGGUCCAGCACCUACACCAGCUCGGCCGAUGGUGAAUGGUUAUACCAUGAGGAACCAUAUACUAAAGCAGCAGAUAAUAAGACGGCAGCAGCUGCAGGAAAAACAAAGACACGGCAUGAUGGGAGUGCCGUCUGAGCAGAGGAGUGCUUUUGUGGGCCAACAGAUGAAUCAGUUUCCUGCUGUCUCCCAGCCCAUGUCAACUGACUGCAGCCAGUCCAUGCAGACUCCUCCUCCAAACCACCGCCUAAUGCCAUCUGCUCAGGGGAUCUUGCAGAACGCCUUGGGCUCCGGGAUCACUCCGGCUGCUAUGAACCAGAACAGCGGGGCGAUGGUGAUGAUGCCUCAUAACCCCAACAAACAGCCAGGAAUGUUUCCAGCCGGUUCUGAUUUCAGUCUCCGGCCAAGCCAGAACUCUGUGGGCAUGAACUCUGGAUGCCAAACGGUUCACAGCCAUCCUGCGGCUCGGCCGGGCCUGGCAUUGUCUGGCUUUAGCGCCGGCUCCUUAGUGAACCCUCCUCCUGCCCAGCAGCACUUGCGACAGCCCUCUAUGCCAAGACUUUCUAACGUCUAUAUCAACUCAUCUGCACAGAUGUGGACGCCGACAGGGGUACCAAGGAUGCCAAAUCAAAGCCAAAUGGAUGCCAGCAUGCAGCAGUUCGCCAGUAGCCCCCUCUUCUCGAAACACAACACGAGGCCAAACAUCCCAGGGCAACCGUUUUCCCAUCAGGCCGUGGUGCCGCCCAAUCAGAUUGCUCCCGGAGUCCAGGCCAGGCAGAUGCAGAAAGUCAGCCUUGGACAGUCUGGCCCAAACAUGGCCAUCCUGAACAAUCAGAACUUGAGACACAACUUAACCAGAGGACCUUUGCCAACUGCAAUGAAUGUUAUGAAGCCGAUGCCGCAAGGCGUGUCUGGUUUUACCCAGCUGAGUCCCGCUCAAGCGGUCGGCCCCCCGACCUAUCCCGGUUCCGCCGGUCAGCCGACGGGAACGUUCAGCCGAAUGAGCGCGGCCUCUGAGCUGCCGCCCCAGUAUGACUUUGUGGCCCAGCCGAACAGUUCCAUUCUGCCUGGGAAUUGCAGCGAGGCAGACUUCAUCGACUCUCUGAUGAAGAGUGGCGGUGGCGGCACUGAUGAAGACUGGCUAAAUAACUUGACAAUGAUAGACGACAUUUUGGGACAGCACGUUCAAAGCUCUGGCCAUGUGUAACUUUUUAAGGAAACGGAGGGAAAUGUAAAUAGUUUGUGCUGGAACUUUCG